AUGCUUUCUGGGACCCGAAUCAUCGUUAUUUUGACAUUGACGCUAGCCGCAGCAGCGCAUUCCCAGCAUCAUCUUUCUCCUCGCGAGGUUGCCGAAAAUCAUCAUAUCUCGAAGCGAUGUGCUUCUGCUGCAGGUAGCUUUGUUCAGGAGCGCAAGAAGAGGUCUAUAGCGAAAAGAAACGUCCUGAUGCCGCGGAACUCAAACGUCACUAUCCACACGGAGGGACCUCAUUUUUCCGCUAUCCAAAACAAUACCUGCAUAAUGAACCCGAAUAUCACACCCGGACCAUACUAUUGGCCCCGUUCGGAAACGCUUAGGCAGGAUAUGCGCGAAGAUCAGGCUGGUAUACCGCUUUAUCUUGAUAUCGGUGUCCUUGACACGAACACGUGCGAACCUGCACCCGAUGUUCUGCUUGAUUUGUGGCACUGCAACGCCACUGGAAGCUACUCGUCUUUUGAGAGUCUCUCUCCCAAUAUCCCCUUCCUGGAGCUUCUCAAGGAUCGCAACAUCACCAACAUCACUGACUUAGAUCUUCACACUGACGAUUCUACUUGGCUCCGGGGCAUGUGGCCAACUGACGCCAAUGGUGUCUCAGAGCUGGUCACUAACUACCCUGGCUUUUACGUUGGUCGCGCGAUUCAUAUCCACGUGCAAGCUCACACCGAUUGGGUGGUUCGCAACAACGGCACCAUCGUAGCCAGCAAUCUCGCUUCUACUGGACAGAUCUAUUUCGAUGAGGAGAUUACCGAGAAAAUCAUGGCCAUGGCACCAUACAACCAACACACAGAAAUUAACCGUACUACAAAUUCGGUCGACCUUCUUUAUCCUGAAGCAACAAAAGUAGGCUGGAACCCAAACAUUCAGAUAGAACCUCUAGAUGGUGUUGAUGUUGCGAACGGUAUGAUUGGAUACAUUACAUUUGGUGUAAAUGUUACUGCGACCAGCCCCCAGGUUCCAUUCUUGAACAGUACUCAGCUCUCAUAUCUUUUGAGCCUGGAAAGCCCAACGCCUGCCCCUUAA